UUUCGGAGCAGGUAGUGUACUGUACUUGAAGAUUAAGAAAGGCAUCGCCUUUUGUUUUGGAUUCUUCGUCCCCGGAGCCACCUUUCCCCCUGAGAGCCCCACACUCCUUCCUUACCUUUCCCUUCCUCUUCCCUAAACCCUAUGAAACCCUUCUCCUCCUCCUCUUCCUCAAAGUCCACAGAAUCAGAAAGAAUACUCUACGAAACAGCAUUUACGCUCGCAUCCGGUACGAGGAUCCGCUCUCUCUUUGAUGGAUGAGACAAGAACACGGGGCCAAGGAAGGACUGAGUGGUACGAGCGAUCGGCGAUGGGUGAGACGCGGAGCACGACGAGCAUCCACGUGACGGCGCUGGACGGGCUGGUGAAUGUGAAUUCGCUCUUCACGAUCGCCGUCUUCGUGGGGCUCUCCCUCACCUCCCCGGGCCAGCGGAGCCUCGAAGGGAACUCCGCCUGCGACGCCGGCCAGGACGUCAUCCGCAACCUCCUGGUUUUCGAGGUGGUCUCCUUCAGCUUCUUCCUCUUCUCCAGCCUCGUCGCGCAGGGCCUCAAGCUCGCCAUCAAUCUUAUAAACAGCAACGACGUCGACGACGCCUUCCGGGCACACAUCAACGCGCGGGCGCUCCGCCUCGGGAUGCUGGCCUCGGCCGUGGGCUCCAUGAUGGGCUGCCUCUUCCUGCUGCUCUCCAUGGUCAACGUCAUCCAGAUCCGCCUCGGGAUGCUCUCCUGCGGCAGCGCCGCCGCCGUCCGGGCGGUGGCGGCGCUCGUCACUCUCGUCUCCACCGCCCUCGUCGUCUACAUCUCCACCGUCCUCUAUGCCUUCACCCAUUGAGUCAUCCGACCAGCCUGCUACCUUCCUCUUUGCUAGGUUUCGUUCUUGCUCUUCCUUUAAUUUUUUUUUCUUAUUUGGAAUGAAUGAAAAAAAACAGAUUUUUUUUAAGUGGCUUCAUUUACCUUUUCGGUUUUUUCGUUCGAUUUAUCAUUGAAUGAUGUCCUCCGAUAGGAGCAGAGCUUGUGAUCCGACUGAAUUGGAGUUUAGAUUGAGGAGUUGCUGGCUGGAUGGAUAGAUCGAGUUGUUUUAAGUUUGUUAUUCGCUUGAUCUUGAAACUUGAUUUCAGGAGUCAGAAUGAGUUUAAUUCUAAACUUCGCUCGGCGAGGCGCCUGUCCGAUUCUGGCCGGGCCUGCGUCCGAUCACCCCAUCCCCAAUUCCUCCGGACUCGGAAUCCCCGAACGAUGGAAAAUCCUUGACCUACUUCCUUCCUUCUUCUUCUCCUCCCAAUCCCAUGGAACGCGUCAAGCGUGGCCCCGAUUCCACCUCCGAUCCCUUCUUCCAAUAAACCCUCGACUCCCCGAUCGCCUCACAAGAGACCACGGCCCCCCGAAUCGAACGCCUCGAGCUGCGACUCCGUGGCGGCCAAUCAAGGAAGCAUCAAAGGUCUCAUAUUCUCUGCUUUGCGUCAGAUUCCCGAUCUGGUUGCCGGAUUGCUCUUUCCUGUGAAAGGAGAAGAUAUCGUGGGUAUGGAGGACAGUGCAGUGAGGGUGAGCUUGAAGCUCAUAAGGAGCCGGCGGGUGAGAUUGGCGUAGGGAUACUUCGGUCUAAAUCCAAGGUCGAGAUAUCCAACAUUUCUUCCGCACCAGCUUUUGUGUUUCUUGCUCGUUAUGUCCGUGUUUGAUGAAAUGUUUCUUUGAAAAAAAUUGCCUUGGUGAAA